CAGAGCAGCAGUCUUAGGAGAAAUAAAAUUGUAAAGACCAGAUUCAAUGUGACUUUCCUGAACUGAAAGUCAAAGUUUGUCAGAGCAACGGCAGAGCUGCAUUCAGGACAAAUUUCUGUGUUUCUGUCUGGAGAAAAUUCAACUGAGUUCAUCUGUUCUUUCACAACAUCUGACUCAAAUACUGGGUGUAGACAUGUCUGCUGCCAGAUGUCUGAGAUCUGAAGAUCAGAUUCUGUGCUCCAUCUGUCUGGAUGUGUUCACUGAUCCAGUCACUACAUCAUGUGGACACAACUUCUGUAAACACUGCAUCACUCAACACUGGGAUCAUAAUGACACGUUCCAGUGUCCAAUAUGUAAAGAGAUGUUCUACACUAGACCUCAGCUGAGAAUCAACACUUUGUUAUCUGAGCUGGUUGUUGAGUUCAGACAUGAAGCUCAACAGAAAGCCAGCAGCAGCAGCUCAGAGCGACAAGCUGCCAAACCAGGAGAAGUUCCCUGUGACGUCUGCACUGGAACCAAACUGAAGGCCCUGAAGUCCUGCCUGGUGUGUCUGCUCUCCUACUGUGACUCGCACCUGCAGCCUCAUCUGACAAUGUCAGGCCUGAAACGACAUCAGCUGAUCCACCCUGUGGACAACCUGGAAGACUGGAUGUGUAGGAAACACGAUAAACCUCUGGAGCUAUUCUGUAAGACCGACCAGACAUGUGUCUGCAUGCUCUGCUCUGUUUUAGACCACAAGACACAUGAGUUUGUUCCUCUGAAAGAAGAAUAUGAAGGAAAGAAGGCAGAGCUGGGGAAGACAGAGGAUGAAAUUCAGCAGAUGAUCAAGAAGAGACGACUGAAGAUUGAGGAGAUGAAAGAGUUAGUGAAGAUGAGUAAAGAUGCUGCAGACAGAGAGAAAGCAGAAGGUGUUCAGGUCUUCACUGCUCUGAAGGAGUCUGUUGAGAGAGGCCUGGACCAGCUCAUAAAGGAGAUCGAAGACAAACAGAAAACAACAGAGAAACAGGCUGAAGGUUUGAUCAAAGAUCUGGAACAGGAAGUCUCUGAGCUGAUGAAGAGGAGCUCUGAGGUAAAGCAGCUCUCACGCUCUGAAGACCAACUCCACCUCCUCCAAAGCUUCUCCUCCCUGAAAGCUGCUCCACCCACCAAGGACUGGACAGAGGUCAGCAUCCGUCCACCAUCAUAUGAGGGGACUGUGGUGAGAGCUGUAACUCAGCUGGAGGAGAAGCUUAGGAAAAACAUGAAGAAGCUGCUUGAGGCUGAGCUGAAGAGGGUCCAGCAGUAUGCAGUGGAUGUGACUCUAGAUCCUGAUACAGCAAAUCCUUACCUCAUCUUGUCUGAUGAUGGAAAACAAGUUCACUGUGAUGACAUGAGGAAGAAUCUUCCAGACAACCCAGAGAGAUUUUCUAAAUGUCCAUGUGUUUUCGGAAUGAAUAGUUUCCCAUCAGGCAGAUUUUAUUUUCAGGUUCAGGUUAAAGGAAAGACUAAAUGGGAUCUAGGAGUGGCCAGAGAGUCAGUCAACAGGAAGGGAGACAUCAUAGCAAGUCCCCAGAAAGGUUUCUGGACUGUAUGGUUGAGAAAUGGAAAUGAAUACAAAGUCAGUACUAGACCUCCAGUGCGUCUCUCUCUUGGUUCUCAACCUGAGAUGGUGGGGGUGUUUGUGGAUUAUGAGGAGGGUCUGGUCUCCUUUCAUGACGUAGAUACUGCAGCUCUUAUCUACUCCUUUACUGGCUGCUCUUUCAAUGACAAACUUUACCCAUUCUUCAGUCCUGAGUUGAACCAUGGUGGCAAAAACUCUGCACCUCUGAUCAUCUGUCCUGUCAAUCAAACUGUCUGAUCCAUUUAAGGAUGAAGCUUUGAGAUCAAUGAAUAAACUUACUGAUCUUCACACUUUAAUCCAUCUACACUUCCAGAUAGUGAUGUGAGGAACAAUUUUCCAGCUUCCCCAGAGACAUAUUUUCUAAAACUUGAAUCAUUGUGGUAAAAGCACUGCACCUCUGAUCAUCCCUUGAAUCACUCAAAUGAAAUUGAUUAGUAAGGAUGUGGGUCAUUGUCAGUUGAAUCUGUCUUUUUUCUGUCAUUUUCCAGACUUAAUGACUUCGUAUUCAUCUUGACAAAAUUCCCCUGAUAUUUUAACACGAGUGUCCUGUGACAUCAUUGAAAAUAAGACUUCCCCUUCCCAAACAGUAUGAGAUUAUUCAAGAAGACAUAUUCGACAUCUGCACACUCCAGAAAAUCAAAGAAAGCCUUUUGUGGUUUAUGAAGCUUUACAAGGAUAGUUUUGGUUGUGUAUUAUCGGUCUUCCUGAUUUCAAGGUUCAUGAAUAGUUUCCUUCUUGUGAUGAAACCUCACUAUUCUCUUUUUGUGUAGGUUUCUCUAUUGGAUAUUGAUACACCUACCUCUCUUGGAGUGUUCUUCACUUGUCUGGAUGUGAUGAAGGGUUUUACUUUACCACUACAACACCAUGGCUGUCUUCUGUGGACAUCAAAGUCUUGUGGUGUUGAUGAAGUAACCAAAUUCUUGAUAUGUCUGUGAAGGUUCUCAGUCAUCCAGGUCAUGGUAAUCCAAAGAAGCGUUGAAUAAGGUCAGCUGGACUUGUAGAAUUUUUGAUUUGUCCUUUUUGUUGGUUUGUUCUUGCUUUCUUUCAUUUGCCUGGUUUACAAAAACAAUCCAAACCCUUUGUUUGCUUAAUUAUAAAGAAACAGUGAAGGAAUAUCUCAAAUCUGUAAAUGAAACCAUUUUUCAAGUAAAAUUGAUUGACUGAAAAGUCAAGUUGAUUAUGUGUAUAAAUGGUUUUAGCUUGUUGUGAACACAAUCAAAAGGAAGCUGAGAAUCAAAUUCAGAUUCAUACUUCAUGUUCCCAAACAAAAUGAUGAAGUCAGUGGCAAAACAAACCCACACACACAAAUACUCAAACACAAACCCUUCUUUGCAUUUAGUUGGACUAGAGUGCAUACUGCAUUUUCCCUUUACUAUCUGUAAACAUGACAUGAUCAUUUUGAGUCUGAUUAGUAAUUACAAAAUGGAUUCCCUAAGUAGUUUAGUGCAUUUGAUCUGAAUAACACUGUGGCACAACAUAAAUGGCGCCCCGUGUGAGGCACACAAGUGUUGUGUAACUGUUUAACUUAAUUUCUGAAAGAUUUUGUUUAAGACCAAAAACGUAUUAAGUGAUAUUCUGUGAUUCAGUGGGUG